AAAUACCUUCUGGACCUAUUAUUCCCGGUAAAUAUAAAAGCAAAAGUCAUUUUUGACCCUUCGCAAAAAAUCCCCAUACUUGUCAUCGACGGGAGAUAAAGACAAGGAGGAGGUCCCGCUCUCAUCCGACUCGCUGCCAUCCCUACUUUUCAACCUUCAUAUUGGAAUAAAUAUCUAAACUCCUCUUCCCCGUCUCACUCCACGUUAUCAAAUCAGAGGGGACGUUCUUUCAUCAUCACCCAAAAAUGGCCUCAACUUCAUCUCUCACCCUAUCCCAAGCCCUCCAGGCUCAAGCCAUCUCCUACCACGCCUUCCGUCAAUCACCGGACAACCGUAUCUCCUUCUCCCCCCACUCUUUUCCCGCCUUCUUUGGCCUCAAAUCCAUGGCCCCACGCAGCGCCACUUCCAGCCGCCGCCUCCCCACCCGUCAGCUCCGCCAAGUCCGUGCUGCUGUAGUUGAGACACUCGAUGCCACCGCAGAGGCUUCCCUUGUGGAGAAGUCGAUCAACACGAUCAGGUUCUUGGCAAUUGAUGCAGUAGAGAAGGCCAAUUCGGGGCACCCUGGCCUGCCCAUGGGAUGUGCCCCGAUGGGUCACAUAUUGUACGAUGAGGUCAUGAGGUAUAAUCCGAAGAACCCGUAUUGGUUCAACAGAGACCGGUUUGUUUUGUCUGCCGGUCAUGGGUGCAUGUUGCAGUAUGCUCUUCUUCACCUCGCUGGUUACGAUAGUGUCCAGGAGGAAGACUUGAAGAAUUUCCGUCAGUGGGGAAGCAGAACCCCAGGACAUCCUGAAAACUUUGAGACAUCUGGGGUUGAAGUAACAACUGAGAAGCACUUGGCUGCUAGAUACAACAAACCUGACAUUGACAUCGUUGACCAUUACACAUAUGUUAUUCUUGGAGAUGGUUGUCAAAUGGAAGGAAUUUCAAAUGAAGCUUGUUCACUUGCUGGACAUUGGGGACUUGGGAAGCUUAUAGCUCUUUAUGAUGACAACCACAUUUCUAUUGAUGGUGAUACUGAUAUUGCCUUUACUGAGGAUGUAGACAAGCGUUUUGAGGCCCUUGGAUGGCAUGUCAUCUGGGUGAAGAAUGGAAACACUGGUUAUGAUGACAUCCGUGCUGCUAUUAAGGAAGCAAAAGUUGUCAAAGACAAACCCACUUUGAUCAAGGUGACAACAACCAUUGGUUUUGGGUCUCCAAACAAGGCAAACUCAUACAGUGUACAUGGUAGUGCAUUGGGUGCCAAGGAAGUGGAUGCUACUAGGAAGAACCUUGGAUGGCCAUAUGAACCUCUACACGUGCCUGAGGAUGUCAAAAAGCACUGGAGUCGCCAUAUCCCUGAUGGUGCUGCUCUUGAAGCUGAAUGGAAUGCCAAGUUUGCUGAAUACGAGAAGAAGUACAAGGAGGAAGCUGCAGAGCUAAAGUCAAUCAUCACAGGUGAACUACCUGUUGGGUGGGAGAAGGCACUUCCAACAUACACUCCAGAAAGCCCACCUGUGGCUACCAGAAAUCUGUCUCAGACAUGCCUUAAUGCACUUGCAAAAGUACUCCCCGGUUUUAUUGGUGGAAGUGCUGACCUUUCUUCUGCCAAUAUGACAAUAAUUAAAAUGUUUGGGGACUUCCAAAAGGACACUCCAGAAGAGCGUAAUUUUAGGUUUGGUGUUAGGGAGCAUGGAAUGGGAGCCAUCUGCAAUGGCAUUGCCCUUCACAGCCCUGGCAUGAUUCCAUACUGUGCCACUAUCUUUGUCUUCACUGACUACAUGAGAGCUGCCAUUAGAAUAUCUGCUUUGUGUGAAGCUGGUGUUAUUUAUGUUAUGACCCAUGAUUCCAUUUGUAUUGGAGAAGAUGGGCCAACUCACCAGCCAAUUGAACACUUGGCAAGCUUCCGUGCAAUGCCCAACAUUUUGAUGCUCCGUCCAGCUGAUGGAAACGAAACUGCUGGUGCAUAUAAAGCAGCUAUCCUUAACAAGAAGAGACCCUCAAUUCUUGCUCUCUCUCGGCACAAGCUACCCCAUCUUCCCGGAUCUUCCAUUGAGGGAGUUGAAAAGGGUGGCUACAUUAUUUCAGAUAACUCAUCAAGCAACAACCCAGAUGUAAUUCUGAUUGGAACUGGUUCUGAGUUGGAAAUUGCUGCUAGAGCAGCUGAUGAACUCAGAAAGGAAGGUAGGGGUGUUAGGGUCGUGUCACUUGUUUCCUGGGAACUUUUUGAUGAGCAGUCAGAUGCCUACAAAGAAAGUGUCUUCCCAGCUGCUGUAUCAGCUAGGGUUAGCAUUGAGGCUGGAUCGACAUUUGGAUGGGAGAAGAUUGUUGGAUCUGCAGGGAAGGCAAUUGGUAUUGACCAUUUUGGUGCAAGUGCGCCAUCGGCCAGAUUAUUCAAGGAGUUCGGUAUCACUGUAGAGGCUGUCAUUGCAGCAGCAAAAGAAGUUAGCUACUCUCAGUAAUGGUUUAAGAGCGAUUGUGAGAGAACUUGGGAUUUUGGGUUGGAGGAGAUUAGAGUGAAGAGGUCAUUCUCAGGGGAUUUGCUUCACAACACAAUCUAUCUUGUGCGAAUAAGAAACUAAUUAAAUUUCAGUUUGCUUGUAAAUUCAUCCUGUGGCAAGAUAGAGCAAACGAAGUGUAACAAUAAUUCUUGAACUUGUGUCAAGAGUCUGAAACAUCUCUGGUUAUUUCAGAAUACAGCUAGCAUUUACUA